UUGCUGGGCAGAGAAGUGAAAGCAGACACAGAACAAUGCACUAGGGACUCUCCUGGGGAUGUGUUUCCAUGCAGCCAUAGUAACACAAGAUGGUUUGUGUUUGUGCUUUGGAAUGUGCACUGAGCACUCAUUAGCAAGCAGGUACAACAACAGCAGCAGCAGCAAGGUACCAACAAUCACACUGUAUCAGAGAAGUGCUAUGGCAGAACCCGCUCCAGCUCACAGAAGAGUCACAUCAUGUUUAUUAAGCAGAUUUGCACCCUCUCCAUCUCUGGCUGAACUGCAGGUGAAGGAGAAGCAUUUUAUUCUGGAUUGCGUGGCAGUGGAACGGAUUUCCAGGGACUAUAGCUGCUCCCUGCCAAAGCUCGGCUCCGUCAUCCCUGCUUACAAUGCUCAGAAGGAUUCCCAUGUCAAAGCCUACUUUCGAAGCCGGCCGGUCCCUCCGCUGUUGAAAAGGACAGGGCAGUCACACGGAGGGACGUCUACCUAUGGGGAACUGGCUGAUCGCUUCCAGUACAAAGGAGCUGCCGCUCUUUAUCUGCUCACCAGGAAUAAUGCAGGGGCGGGCCAUUCUCCUGAGCACAAUAGAGGCCACGGCUUCUUCCUUUCUUCUGUUAAACCCGUGUUUGGAUACAAUGGAGAAUUCGGCUACAGAAGAAACACGCCCUCCCUCCGACGAAUGCCCUCCCCGUUUGGCACCGUUACCCGCUCCCCGCUAUAUUGAUUCUUUACACAUAAUUGUUACAGCAAAAUGUCUUCUCCACAUAAUGCAUAUGGUUCACUUUUACAUAGGCUGUGCUUAUAGUGGGAAAGAGACAACAAGAAAUUCAUAAUCUCAUCUAAGAAGCUCUGUGUAGUCUUUGGUAUGAAAAGAUUGAGUUAAUAUCCUAAUGCUCUGCAUUUUAAUAUGUUAUAGGGCUAGAAACCUGACCAAACGUCCCUUUUUAUGUCUUUCUUAUUAGCACUGGGCGGUUUCUUGUUACUAAAUAUAUCCAGUUUACAUAAACUUUCUUUUUUAAACUGC